AUGUCCCAGGACCUGUAGCACAUGCAAGCAUCAGCAUUACUUUUUUAUGCAGUUGGAUGUUUAGCAUUUAACAUCGCUAACUUCAUCAUUAUUGCUCAUACUGUCCUUGUCUUUGUCAUCCUCAUCAUUUUCAUCUAAAACUACUUCUUUCAAGCUCACCUCUUAUCAUGUAUUUGGAGAACAAAAGCAACCUGGACAUUGAGAUGUCUCAAACAUCAGCCCAAGUCCAUCAGGGCAGGAGCAGCCUGAGGACACCAGAGGCAGUUGCAGGGAACUUUGGGCAGCUCCGUCUGCUGCAGGACAUCUCAGAGAGAAGAGACACCCAGAAGCUCCAGCAGUCUGCGGUCCUGCCCUCGGGACAGUGUGUCAUCCAUGCUGAAGGCUUUGUCCCUGUUCGACAAGAGGAUGGACAUAAUUUCAGUGUGGUUAAUAUUCUCAGAGGAAAAACAAAUUCAGCCAACCUUACAGAGAGGUCGCCUCUGCUGAGAUUGUCUCAAGAUGACAACAUAACCUACCUGACCCUGCAUGACCCCAGCUUUGCUGGAGGAGAAGAACCAUGGCACAGCAGCUCCCUGGAUUUGGAUAGGAGGUGUAGACUGGGCAGCGAGGUCACCAGCCUGUCCCUGUCCCGCUCCAGCUCCUCAGAGAAGAGUGACCCUCUGGACAAUGUCAACCUCAACUUCAGAUUCACCAGUAGUAUGAGAUGCUGCUUCAGAGUCUCAAAAAUCGCCACAAUCUUUACUAUUGUCAUUCUCUGCAGUCUGUUCUUCAGCAUGUAUCCAGAUCGAGACAACCCCUGGAGGAUGUUGGCAGUCUCUUCAACAGAGAGUUUUUCGAUGAACCUGACAGAUUUCCGUGACAACGCUUUGCUUAAGCUACAGGUGGGGGGACCUUUCACAGGAGGGAUGACUGAUGUCACCAUUCAGGACUACAUUCUGAUCCAGGUGGAGCAGACCGAGCAGCCGGGACAACGGAGGAGGAGGACUCAACAGGUGCUUUAUAAUUGGACCAUUCCUCUUCACAGCAAACGAAGUGACCAGAUACUGUUGACAAAAACCUUUGAGAUGCUCAGCAGCGAUCCCAUCAUAAUCACAAUUCAGGCCUUCCUGCAGGAUAAUGAGGUGGUGCCGUUGUCCAUGACCCACCAGUCGCUCUAUGUCAGUGUGGAGACACAGGUGGCCAUUGCUGGAGUCAUCCUGGCUGGAGUCUAUGUCCUCAUCAUCUUUGAGACUGUACACCGCACUCUGGCUGCCAUGCUGGGGUCUCUGGCAGCCUUAGCUGCUCUGGCCAUCAUUGGUGAUCGACCCAGUCUGGUUACUGUGGUAGAGUGGAUCGAUUACGAGACACUGGCUCUUCUGUUUGGCAUGAUGGUACUGGUGGCCAUCUUUUCAGAGACAGGUUUCUUCGAUUACUGCGCUGUUAAGGCUUACCAGUUAUCCAGGGGAAGAGUGUGGCCAAUGAUCAUCAUCCUCUGUCUCAUUGCCGCCAUCUUGUCUGCUUUUCUGGACAAUGUGACCACUAUGAUGCUUUUCACCCCUGUCACCAUAAGGUUGUGUGAGGUGCUUAAUCUAGACCCCAGACAUGUCCUGAUUGCAGAAGUAAUCUUCACUAACAUCGGAGGGGCCGCCACAGCUGUCGGAGAUCCUCCCAAUGUGAUUAUAGUAUCAAAUCAGGACCUGCGCAAACAAGGGAUAGAUUUUGCCAGUUUUACAGGCUAUAUGUUCCUUGGAAUAUGCCUCGUCCUUUUGACCUCAUUUCCUUUCCUGCGGAUGCUCUACUGGAACAAAAAGCUCUACAAUAAAGAGUCAAUUGAAAUAGUAGAACUAAAGCAUGAGAUCUUGGUUUGGAAACAGACGGCUCAGCGCAUUAACCCCGCUAGCCGAGAGGAGACAGCUGUGAAAUGCCUCCUGAUGCAAAAAGUCCUCAACCUGGAGAGUCUGCUCCGCAAGAUGAUGAAAACCUUCCAAAGACAAAUUUCCCAGGAGGAUAAGAACUGGGAGCAAAACAUUCAAGAACUGCAAAAAAAGCACAGAAUAACUGACAAGGUUCUCUUGGUGAAAUGUGUGUCCGUCCUCGCUGUUGUGAUCUUCAUGUUCUUUCUCAACUCCUUCAUUCCCAGAAUUCAUCUUGACCUUGGUUGGAUUGCUAUCCUGGGUGCACUGUGGCUUUUGGUUUUGGCUGACAUCCAGGAUUUUGAGAUAAUCUUGCACCGAGUGGAAUGGGCCACAUUAUUGUUCUUUGCUGGCCUCUUUGUUUUGAUGGAGGCUUUAGCCCAACUGCAGCUAAUUGACUAUAUUGGAGAAAAUACUGCAUUUCUCUCUCAGGCGGUGCCAGAAGACCAGCGCUUGGCCAUAGCCAUUAUCUUGGUGAUGUGGGUCUCUGCACUGGCUUCCUCUCUCAUUGACAACAUUCCCUUCACUGCCACCAUGAUCCCGGUUCUCAUCAGCCUGAGUCAGGAUGCAGAUGUUAACCUGCCAGUAAAGCCUCUCAUCUUUGCCUUGGCUAUGGGAGCCUGUCUCGGAGGAAAUGGCACAUUGAUAGGAGCAUCCGCCAAUGUUGUGUGUGCAGGAAUUGCAGAACAACAUGGCUAUGGCUUUUCCUUCAUGGAGUUCUUCAGGUUAGGAUUCCCCAUGAUGAUAAUGACAUGUAUGAUUGCCAUGUGCUACCUGCUGGCCACACACAUUGGACUUGGAUGGAACAUGUAAUCCACACCUGUUGUACUGUCCUAAAGCGACUGAGUGCGUGUGUGUGUGUGUGUGCGCGCACGUGCAAACGACAACUCCCCCAAGCAUUUGGAGUCUGCUCACUGUAGUGUGAUGUGUAACCUGACUGACUGAUUACAUACAUUAUUUAAAGCAGUGUAGCCAUUUAUUUGAACAUAUGGAAAGUAUUUAUAAAAAACGUUUAGAUGAGGAACCAGAAUUUACAGGAGAUUUGGCCAAAAACCUGUCUGUACUGAAACAAUGGAUGCCUCCACUCCUUAAUGCUAUACAUGGUGCUACUACCUGAGUGGGUAUAACUUGUGUCUCAUACUUUUAGAAAUCCACACAGUCUAUUUCCCAAAGCAGCAACUAAUGUUUCUAGGCAUGUAUUACCUUGAUCAACUUUGAGACACUUUGUUUUAGACAUUUCACCCAUAGUUUAUCAAACAUGUCAUUUUAAAGAACCCAUGAGACCCAGUGGAAGGGGCUUCAUAACAGUUUGUGUCUAAUAUUCUUUUGCUGGAUUCCCAAAUCUCAAUGACAUGAAUGUGAGUCUGAAAAAACAAAAGGAUCAUUCAUAAUUUUGCUCAAAACAGAUGGUUAGAGAUGAUGCAGACUGUUAUCCAAAUGUUGUAUACUACCUAUAGUACUGAGUAGACAGUGAUCUCAUGUAAACUCCAUGGUUUAGUUCAGUUAACAGUUCUGUAGAAAAACUUUAAUCA